AUCACAGCCUGCGAUCCAUCCCAGCAACAGGCUCCCGCCAAUUCUGAGCGGGGAGCGCGAGGGAGUCUAGCCGGGGAUGAGACGGGAACGACGGGACCAGGAUUACACACGAAAAAAUUGAAUCUACAACUCUAAAAGUUACAGAAACUAAUCGAAUUUGCAGUUGACACGUUAAUGCUGCAACUUUAAAAGACGUGGAGUCGAUGACUAGCCCUAAGAAGCUGUGUACGGAGUCCAGAAAAGCGCUCCCCGUUUCCGUUUAACGUUUCCAGUGAGAGGACAGCGCGAGCGCACGGAGCUGAAAGGCGCGCGGAUGGUGGUCGUGAUGCUCGCGGCUGAAGAGCCUUUAGCCUCCACUCCACGCAGAGGCAUGGAUUGUGUGGGCAAAGCUAAUACCAGCAAGAAGCUUGUUCAAGCACGUCUACCUUUCAAAAGGCUCAACCCAGAACCCAAGGAAUGCAGUGAACCCAAAAGAACCAAAUGUCCAGUUGCCCCAAAAUGUUCUGAGCCAAGUGCAUCUGAUGGAGAAAAUGAUAUGGACAGCUCCUCCAUCCCGCUGCAGCAUGGCCCGGCUCUGGUAAAUGGUCGCGGUCCGCUCGAUUGCUUCAUGAGCCGACGGAAGCGUUCCUCAGUCCUCUCUGGCCCUGAAGCCACUAUCGACCUCACCGAAGACUCAAAUGAUGCUGUCAAAGACCAGCCUGCACCUCCGGUUGCUGCCACCUGCCCCCUUAGUGAAGAAACGACAAAAACCGCAGAAGAUACCACAAAAUCUACAGAACCAACCACACCACUGACAGAGAAAGAGAUGGAAAAGGAUGAGGAAGAGGAUGAAGAUGCCCUCCCACUACUGGACAUAACUCAGGAGUCUGAGACUGAGGAAGAGGAGCAGCAGGAGACUGAAGUCAGUCCCGAGAAUGAGUCUGUGUUGUCAACUGGAUCCACCAGCUCCCUCUCAGUCAUAGAGAGCUCACCAGAGGCCAGCAAGAGUGCUCCUACCACCCCUGCCUCCACAUCACAGAUAAAUGCAGCCAGUAAAACAAAGAGACGAUCACUUAAGCUUGACGUCUCUCUGGAAUGCAGGUCAUGGGUACAUAAACCCAAAGCUGAUAUCUUGAGUGUCCAAGAGCAGGAGGAGAAGCAGCGACAGAGGGACGAGAAAGAGCGCCAGAAACAGGAGGCCAAAGCUGCCAAGGAGAGGAAGAAAGAGGAGGCCCGCAAGCUAAAGGAAGAGAAAGAGAGAGAGAAGAAAGAGAAAAAGGAGAAAGACGAAAAGGAGCGGCGGGAGAAAAAGGAGAGGGAGGAGAAAGAAAAGGCUGAGAAACUAAGAGCUAAAGAAGAGCAGCGGCAAAUGAAAAUUGAGGCCAGACUGGAAGAGAAAAGGAAGAAAGAGGAGGAAAAACGGUUGAAAGAAGAAAAAGAACGAAUCAAAGCUGAGAAGGCUGAGAUUACACGGUUUCUACAGAAGCCCAAGACCCAGUUGGCACCAAAGACUCUGGCAUCUGCCUGUGGGAAAUUUGCUCCUUUUGAGAUUAAAGCGCACAUGGCUCUGGCACCACUAACUCGAGUACAAUGUGAAGACGCAGUUUUAGAAGAGCUGGACCAUUAUCUUGCUCAACCGGACCGCACUCUAAAUGGACUAAAGGACUGGACAAAGCACAAACCUCGCACAUCAGGUCCAACCAGGCCUAGUCACAGUGCAGCAAGGGAUUGUGUGGUCAUAACUGAAAGCCAAAAGGCAGAUGGUGUCCCUGACCGCCACCGUUAUGGCCGCAUGAAACUCCUGCAGUUCCAUGAUAACUAUCGUCCAGCUUACUGGGGGACCUGGUGCAAAAAAAGCACUCACAUCUCGCCACGCUGCCCGCUGAGACUGGACAAGGAGCUGCUGGAUUAUGAGGUGGACAGUGAUGAAGAGUGGGAGGAGGAGGAGCCGGGAGAGUCUCUGUCACACAGUGAGGGGGAUGAUGACGAUGAAGGUGGAGAUGACGAUGACGAUGAUGAUGGAUUCUUUGUGCCCCAUGGUUAUCUCUCAGAAGGGGAAGGAGCACUUGAAGACGAGGAGGGUGGAGAUCCAGAGAAGCAAAAGGUGCGUCAGAGGAUGAAGGCUCGUGAAUGGGAGAAUGAGCUGAUGUCUAAAGGGAAGGUGAAGGUGUUGGAGGCGGUUGUGCGAGGCUGCCUGUGGGAGGGGGAACAGCCUUCGCUGGACCUCCUGCAGCCAUACGCUGUCUGUAUACUGGAGCCUUUACCUAGAGACGAGCCCUGCACCCCUGAUCAGGACCUAUCACGCCAACAGAGGAACAAAAAAUUGCUGUCACAGCUGCUGCCUUUGCUUCAUGGGAAUGUGAACAGCAGUAAGGUCAUAAUCAACGAGUUCCUGGAGUUCUGUCGCCAGCAAACAUCCUCACCCACAGAAAGCCCUUUGAAUUGUAUUGACAGCGUCCCACCCAGGAUCCACAUCAGGCGUAUCAUAAAAGAGAACGCCGUGUACGAAAAGCGCUCCACUUACAGACGAUGCUGCUGGUACGUGCAUGCGGAAGUUCUGACCCGUCAUUCUCAGGAGGCCUUGCCCGUUCCCUGCCAGUGGACCUACCUCACCUCCGGGGCUCAGAUCACCCGCGACGAGCCCGCCGGCUCACAGGGCAGCUCACCCACCUCGUCCACUUCCACCACACCCUCCAACAAGAGGAAAAGUGCCAGCAGCCACUCCAUUACAAAGUAUAUGAAGAAAUGUGGUGACUCCGAACAGACUGAGGCCAUGGAGACUGAUGGCUUCCAGGCAGACACCGAGGAUGACGAAGACGAUGAUUGCGUCAUCAUUGGGGAACAAUCUGGAUCCUCUGAACAGGAUGCCAACACAUCCUUGCCACAAACUGAGAGAAACACAGAGCCCAUGGACACAAAUGCAUCCGAAACUGCUGCUCUUGCCUUGCCCUGCCUCACCCCAGCCACCGCCUGAGAUCUGACUCCUUCCUGUUGGGUUUGCGAUGAACCAGGCGCUCAAAAUCUGAUCUACGAUUCGAAGGAUCACACAGUAUUAAAGGUCCCCAGAAUCAAUCAUUUGUUCUCUCUUCUUUAAGUGGAGGUCUGUUAGAUGGUGUACUGCUCUUCUUCAUAGGUGAAGUCCCACUUUUUGAAAGUGUGUAAAGGCUGAUACAUUCAUCAGCUCUGACACCAAUCAGGAGGUUGAUGCUGUCUGCUGGGCUCAGUGCCCCAUUGUUUUAAAUGUUUUUUUUUUUUUCCUCUCAGAAUACUUGAACUGGUGUAUGUCUUUCAAAAAUAAUGACAAUUGAAAUAUAUUGCACUUUUAUAUUCCAUUUCUGUUUAUUUCAUUCUUCUACCCCCACCAGAAGUCUUUCACUUUUUUUUUUCUUUUCCGAGAAGCUUUGUAUAAAAACGGCAUGUGCCAUUUGUCGCCCAGGCUGCUAUAUGCGGUGUAAAUACUAUUUUUGUUUUUUGAAAAAUGGUGUAGAAGCUGAAAUAGUUGGUGGCCGUCCAACACAGGGGAAAAAAGCAGCAGCAUUGGCAUUUCUUUUGGCAAAGUAUUUUCUUAAUUGUUCUGAAUAAACUGCACCAUAGUUUGCAGUUGUAAUGGGUUUCCUACAAAGCUUGUUUAAAUAAAGCAUUAUUUAAAAAUGAA